GGAAGCCUCAACAGGAGCCGGCCUAGCGCGCCUCCUGGUUACCGAGGCAACCGACUUCUUAGGCAAGGCCAGCCCAGCCUAGUAAGAGGAGGCGGUGUCGGCUGCCGCAGUCCGGAAGCAACCGAGAGGACGACGACAGCGGCGACGGCGGGCAUGAUGCCAGUCAUAGGAGAGGCGGAGGUUUUGAUGCGACAAGCCACACGGGAGAGGCUGCAGAAGUUCGCCCAACUAAGAGGCAAAACUGUGCAGCCUAGAACAUUCUGGGAUAUUGUUAUAAUAACAGCAGUUGACAAAAAACAAGAAAUAGCUUACCAGCAACAAUUAUCUGAAAAGCUGAAAAGAAAGGAGCUCCCUCUUGGUGUUCAUUACCAUGUUUUUGUUGAUCCUCCUGGACCAAAAAUUGGAAACGGUGGAUCGACGCUUCAUGUCCUUCAGUGCUUAGAAGAGCAUUAUGGUGAUAAAUGGGAUUCUUUUACUGUCAUAUUAAUUCAUUCUGGUGGAUAUAGUCAACGUUUACCAAAUGCAAGUGCCCUGGGAAAAAUAUUCACAGCUUUGCCUUUUGGGGACCCAGUUUAUCAAAUGCUGGAUUUAAAAUUGACUAUGUACAUUGAUUUUCCCACCUACAUGAGUCCAGGCAUCCUGAUUACUUGUGCAGAUGAUAUUGAACUUUAUAAUAUUGGAGCAACAGAAUUCAUAAGAUUUGAUCAGCCUGGAUUUACUGCAUUAGCUCAUCCUUCCAGUUUGACCACUGGCACGACUCAUGGUGUGUUUGUACUAGAGCCGUCAUCACAUUUGACAGAAAAAGGAGAACUCGAAUACAGAACUUGUCAUCAUUUCUUACAUAAGCCUAGCAUUGAAAGGAUGUGUCAGUCUGGAGCAGUAUGUGAAAGAAGUAAUUAUCUGGCAUCUUCUGGAGGACCGGAAAACUCACUAGUCAUUUCUAAGUAUGUAUAUACAGAUAGUUUAUUUUACAUCGAUAACACCACUGCAAAACUACUUCUGGCAUUUUAUAAACAGAUGGGCACACUGUGCUGUGAAAUAGAUGCCUAUGGUGAUUUUCUCCAGGCAUUAGGGCCUGGAGCAACACAAAGUUAUACAAAAAGCAUAGAAAAUGCCACAAAAGAAGAAUCGGGACUAGUGGAAAUAAGGGAGAAAAUAUUUGAACUUUUAAAAGGAUUGCCCCUUAAUGUCAUACUGUUAAAUAAUUCCAAAUUCUAUCACAUUGGGACUACUUGUGAAUAUUUGUUUCAUUUCACUUCUGAUAGCAAGUUAAAAUUGGAAAUGGGGUUGAUGCCAAAUGUGUUUAGCAUCUGUCCAAACAAUGUGGAGGACUUGGGGAAAUCAGCAUGUAUCAUUCAUAGUAUACUCGGUUCAAGGUGUUCUGUUGCACCUGGCUCAAUUGUUGAGUACUCUAGGCUGGGACCAGAGGUUUCAGUGGGACCUAACAGUAUUAUUAGUGGCUGCUAUAUUGACACAAAAGCAGACAUCCCUCCUAAUACUUUCAUAACUACACUAAGCAUAAGGAUUGAUGGAGAACUAAUGUAUGUGAGCAUGGUGUUUGGUACAGAAGACAACCUGAAAAAGAAAGUGACAAAUUUGGCAGAUGCUCACUUACUAAAUUUUUUGGGAAUCAGCCUUGGACAGUGCUUAGAGCUCUGGGGCUUGAGCAUUUCAGACAAGCUCUUUUCCGGUGACAAAACAUGCCUGGGUUUAUGGACAGUUCGGAUUUUCCCUAUUUGCUCCACUUUAAGUGAUUCAGUGAAAAUGUCAUUAGGCAUAUUAAACUCCGUGCAGCAAAAGUUGCCUUUUAAAUUGAAUGGUUGUAAGCUCUUGUCUGUUGAAGAAAUGCUUCGCCACAAAGAUGUAGAAGACAUGUUGAAGUUCAGGCAGCAACUUUAUGAAGAAAUCAGUCUGCAUAAAGUGAAAAAGAAAUCUGAUUUGUAAAAGUGUAUGAAAAUAGUACAUUCUUUAAUUUGAAGAGGAUUGAUUGCUUUCAAGCUUGCAGAAACCCAGAAGCAAGCAGUACACAUACUUUUUUUUUCAUUGAAGUAGAAAUAAUGAAACUGCAUUAACAGUGUUAUUGUAGCAUAACAUUAAUAAUGCAAAAAUGCAGAUAAACUAUUCUUUUGAUAAAAAAAUAAUGAAAUAUUUCAAAUCUAUAAAAACGCAAAGAGGCAAAUAGCUGUCCAUUAUUGUUGUUAUGUUUUCAGUUUUUAUUAAUUCAAGUGAGGAAUGGAACUUAUUUAGAAGUUUGAUUGAAAACCACUUAAAACUUUUUCAAAGAAGAGUGUUACCUCUAGCAACACUUUCCCUCUUUUCAGGCUUGUUUGGUUUAAGCAGGCAAAACACUUGUGCAUUUGAAUGUGUCUGUUCAAUCUUUGUUGAACAACCAUUAAGCUAUCAGAAUGACAGUUGGUAUGCCUGUUCACAGCAUCAUUCUACAUUUCAUGUGCAAACAUAUUUUCAAACAUUUGCCUGUAGCUUUAAUAUAUUUUAGGCACCAGCUGUUUAUUAAAAUCCUAAGCAGGUCUACUCAGAAAUAAAGCUUUUAGAGGACAGUUGGAUUUGCUUUCUAGUGAAAUGUGCAUGGAAUUGUAGCAUAACACAGCAAUCCAAAGCAUGUGUAUUCAGGGAUUUACACUUUUCCCCAGUAAGCGUGUUCAGGAUAUGACAGACUUAUUCACCAAAGUUUUAGGCUGGCUUUUUGGACUUUUUAUGUGUUGUGAUGCUGCCAUUUUGUGAUUUGUUUUGUAUAAUGAUCUUACUUUGAUUUUUGUUGUGAUUUUAAAAUGCCUUUGUAAAUUGUUUUGGGCAUAUAUCUGAUCCAAAAGCAGAAUAUAAUGAAUUAAGAUAAUAAAAUA